GAGCUCCAGAACUCCAGUUACUGUGUUAGCCCACCACCAUGAUGUCCUCAACAGCAGAUACGGACCCUUUCAUACAGUUUCAAAACGAACUCGCCAACCUCCUUGAAUCCGCCCGAACCUCCUUCAGCAGCUACCUUCGCAUCCGCACCCUCCUCCAUACUCCGAUAGCACCCCCCUCUCCGGAACUCCUCUCCGCACAAACAGAACUCAGAACGCUGCUAGAUGAAAUAAGCACGGACCUCAGUGACCUUCAUGCAACCGUCCGACAGAUGGAAGCGGACCCGUACAAAUUCGGCCUGGACAUUCCAGAGGUCGUCCGCCGACGACGUUUCGUGGAUGAGGUAGAAGGCGAAGUUGGCGAUAUGCGGGAAGAAAUAAAUGCCACGUCAUCUUUGCCCUCGCGGCAGAAUGCGGGAGCUACAGCGACGGGAGUCAUGGAUGACGGGGGAGAUGAAGAGGGUGGUGGGUGGAGUGGCUACGAGAUGCAAUAUCAGCAGGAAAUCAUCCAUGACCAGGAUGAGAUGCUGGAGGGGGUUUCGAGGACCGUGGUCAACCUGAGGGAGCAGGCGAAUGUUAUGAACAGGGAGUUGGAGGAGCAGACUGGAGUGCUCGGUGCGCUGGAUGGGGAUGUGGAUCGGGUGGAGCAUAAGCUUAAGAAGGGAGUUAGGGAUUUGAACACUUUUAUAAGGAAGAAUGAAGGCUUGUUCCCCUUCCCCCAGCGGGAUGGAGAUACUGCUAGCAGUUGCUGCAUCGCGAUUCUCAUUGUGGUUCUGAUAUUCCUUCUCUUCUUGGUUGUUAUCUUGUAAUAAGGUGUUCCCUAGGAUUACUGGCACGGCGUAAUGGAUUGUUUUCACGGUGGCGAGCAGAAAGUUUUUUCACGGUGUUUUCUCAUAUCAGUAAUAACAAUAAUGGCAACAGGAUGUAUGAAUAGAUUACUUUUGUUUAGAUUGAGUAGAAAUGUACAACACUUGGGGCGGUGCCCAAGAU